AGCUGGGGGGGCUGACGUCAAGGAGAUGAGAGAAAUUCAAAUCCGACAUUAGUGUACAUUUUAUUCGCUUCGAAUUUGAUCUAUUGUGCAAAUAAUAUUCGCAUUGUUCACCUGUCAACUGUAAAGUGUUAGAGAAAUGUAGGCCUGAUAAUUCUGUAUGUAAAUUUUAAAGAAAUGAACAAACAGGACUUCUGACCAAUCAGAGAUCAACGUGAAGUGUCUUCGACUAAUUAGAGACAAGCUGCGCAGAGCAUGCUGGGGAACUGUACGUUUCCCUGCGGCGUUUGUGUUAUUUUUGUUUUCCAUAUGUAAUUAUUUUAAUAGUCAUAGCCAUUAAAUAAAUGUGGUAACUUAGAGCGCAAAGUCCUUAGAGCUGAAAGUCCACUUGAAACCACGCUGGUGAAUCUGUGAAAGGGAUUUUUAAAACUUCAAUUGCAAGUCGUGCGUUUUACCAUCUGGGGUUGAAUGGGCUUUCUUAGCUAGCUGCUAACUCAGUUUUCCGGUUGCUACUUAGUGGCUGUGAGGUCAGAAAAUAUAUAUCAGUGAAUUUGCAUUUGCAAAUCAGAGUUUGGGAUUUUUGCCAAAGUCGGUCUGGGUCUGCCGUCAAAAUAACAUACAGCCGAAAACCUACAGAAACCUUAGUUUUGCUAGCAAUGCACUGCUAGCCAACUGGCUAAUCGAAUAGCAAGCCAGUUAACUUUGUGCGCAUCCUUGGCGCUGAGCUCGAAUCUGUCGUAUAAAUAUAAUAAUAUAUAUAUUAUAAUAUAAUCGAUACGAUUUUUAACGAGAGAGCAAACCAGUAACAAUCGUAGGUGGUGAUUAAAGUAACUUGAUAAUCUCAAAGCUGUCUACAGUUUCUGCUUCUCUUCGCUGGCUAACCUGCUAGCGCUGAAUGGUAAACUGUAUUCGGAGCGUAUAGCGGCAAAAUGACAUCAGCUUCAACCAAGGUGGGGGAAAUCUUUUCGGCAGCCGGUGCUGCCUUCACUAAGCUGGGUGAGCUCACCAUGCAGCUCCACCCUGUGGCAGACUCCUCUCCAGCAGGGGCCAAGUGGACGGACACCGAGAUCGAGAUGCUCCGCUCCGCCGUGCGCCGAUUCGGCGACGACCUCAACACCAUCAGCUCUGUCAUCAAGGAGCGCACUGUGGCUCAGAUCAAGACCACAGUGAAGAGGAAGCUGUAUGAGGACAGCAGGAUGCCGCUGUCCUCGGACUCCACCAAAAAGGUCGCCAAGAAGACCAGCGUCACCGUGGCGCCCGCUCCGGCCCCGCCCGCAGUCAUCACCGUGCCAACCUCGCAGGUGGUCGUGACGACGGGCCUGCAGAACCCCUCCCCCGCUCCCCCCGCCAUCAAGAAACAGAAGACAGCAGCAGACGUCACCCUGAGCGCGCUCAACGACUCGGAUGCUAACAGCGACCUGGUGGACAUCGAGGGGCUGGGAGAGAGCUCUGCCUCCAAGAAGCUCAACUUUGACCAAGAGAGCCUCAACCUGGACUCCAGCCUCAUCAUGAACUCCAGUGACCUUCCCCUGCUCUCCCGCUGACCCCCGACCUUUGACCCUCCCUCAGAGCUGUGUUCCAGCUGAACAUUGGGAAGUGAUGUUUUUUAUUGUGUACCUUUUUGUAGUUUACCAUUAUUGUUAUUAUUUUUUUUAUGUACCGUAAAUAUUGCAGUGAUGUUUUGUUUGAGAUGGUGUUCCAGCGUUUGUGUGGACAGUAUUCUCCACACAGAACCAACAGAUUACACAGUGCUUUCAAAGAGCUGCUUUCACAAAACAGUGGUAACCCACAAUGUUCCUGGUGAUCUACCAUUCUCUAAUUUGGCACACCUGCCUCUACCAGUUAGCUGCUCAACAAGUUCUCUAGCUGUUGAAUGAGGUGUGCUUUGUUAGGGUUGGGGUGAAAACUUAGAGGAUAGAUCUCCAGGAACAGGGCUGGCUACCACAGGCCCAAUGAAUGACAGUGUUCGCUGUUACAGAUUGCACCUGCUGCGUGAGACUCCUGAUUUAAGCAAAUGUAGAUUUGUCCUGUUGAAUCUGGAUGUAACUGUGACUCAGGAAGAGAGAUCUGGUCCCUGGAUCUGGGGCUGGAGUUCCUGCUGUGCUGCUUCUGACAGUAAAUGGGUUUUUACAGAGCUCUGCAGGACUUGUGUGUGAUUGGGACUGGGGUGAAUUUGCUCCAGACGUGUUCUGUGGUAUCCAGCACUAACACCUCCUCGGAGUGGCACCAGCAAGCCUCAACUGCAGUAACAGGGGCUUACCACUAGGGGGCAUGCAGGCCUGCGGAGCAGCUGGGACCAGUUAAAACAUGUCCAGUCCUGGUUUUGAAUCCACUUCAAUGGGGUAGUGCAGAUGGUGAAUCCUGUCUUAGUGCUAGCUUAUAACAAAAUAAUUUAGCUGUAAUGUAAAUAUUCUAAGGCUUUUAAACUUAUAAUUUUUUUUUUUAAAGUUUAAAUUCUAUUGGCAGUUUGUAGAGACUUAUCUUGUCUGUAGACCGGUGUUCAUUCCCGACGGUUAGUCAUGGUCCAUGAGCUGCGUAGUCAUAAUGCUGGAGGACUGUGCGAGUGGAGCCGGAGCCUGAUCAGCCAGUGGGGGGCAAAACCCUCCCUCCUUGGGUAACACUGUGGCUGUUGUCAUAGCGACUGGCCAGCCAGGGUUGGUGUGGUCCAGAUGAUUCCAUGCCCCAGAGUGCAUUUCUGCACUUAGCUGCCUCUGUCAUUUGGAGGACAAAUGUAUGUUCUCAAGAAUCAGUUUUCCACCAUUUUGAUGAAAUUAUUGAUGUAUAGUGUCUUCAGAAUGUAUUCAACCCCCUGAACUUUUUAAUUUAGUCCCAUUACACCUAAACAUUUUAAUGUUUCCACCCUUCACCAACAGAAUAAAUCUAACAUGAUACAAAACCAUGUUUAUUAAACUUACAUUUUACAUUUACAGAAAACAUUUAUCGCCGAUCCAUCAUACACCAAAAUUUUCAGGAUCUGCCUGUAAUUGGCCCCGCCCAUCUUGCCCUAGGCUCAGAAGUGGCUUUUGUCUGACCACACUCCCCAAGGAGGCCAAAUCUGUGAAGUGCUGAAGAGACUGCUGAUCUCUGAACAGUUUCUGUCAUUUAGUAUCAUUCUAUGACCUUCCCCAGGUUUCUGCCUCCGAACAGCUUCAUCUCAGAGUUCCUCGGGCAGGUCCAUGGUCUUCAUGACAGCACGAUUGGCUGUUUCAGUUUUGAGGCCUUACAAAGUCAGUGACAUACAGUCAUGCAGCUUAAAAUGGGUAAUCCAAUGUUUGGAUCUUGUUAACGAUCUCUCAAGAAAAUGAGCUACACCUGCCCGUUUUGGUUGUAAAUAUAAAGGUGGUGAAUACUUAUCCGUGAAGUCAUUUUCAGGUUUUAAAAAAUAGAUUUAAAAAAACUUCUAUAAUUCUGAAGUCAUCUUAAUAGUUUAUUUCAUUUUGACAUGGGAGACGGUUACUUGUACAGGAGUAUAGAAAAAUCCUAUUUACAUAUACAGUGUAUUUUAAUUUGACUUUGCAACGUAAGAAUGGUGAAAGCUUUCUGUGGUGCACUGCAGGUACCCUACACAGUUCCUUAAUUACCAAACCCUGCGACUGUACGUAGCAUUUUCAAUCGAAAUUUAUGUGGCAGUUUAAAAUGGACCAUUUUGAGUUGCUUCAAAAUGUCCCUUAUAUCAAGUAAAUUUCAUGUUAAAAAAAAAAAAAAAAAA